AUGACUUCGAAUUCAUCUCUUCAAGAAACGAUACAUCGUAUAUCUUCCACACCAGGUUCUUUCGCUUUGGUAUCUUCUACUCCCAGCUGGCCAAUAUCACCUUGCAUCUCCAAGAAAGAACCGAACGGCUCCAAAACUUCAUCUUCACUUCCACCAAUACACAUCUCCAUUCUAGAUUCAUCGUUUAAUCCACCUACAACCGCUCAUCAGUCAAUUGCAUUUUCCACUUUCCCUUCACAUUAUCCCACUUCUUCUUCUUCAUCAUCGACAUCAUCAUCAUCAUCAUCAAAUGGUCCAUCUACCUCUCCUCCAAGCUAUACAGCUAGACUACUUCUGUUCUCAGCUAGGAACGUAGAGAAAACCUUAAAGUCAAGUGAUGCGACGCCUUCACAACGUGUAGAAAUGAUGUCCAUACUUUCGAAUACCAGAUCAAACUCAAAUCCCGAUGAAGCUGUAGCAGUUGGAUUAGUGAAUGAACCUACUUUCGUGGGGAAAGCGUCGAUCAUCAGAGAAUAUCUAUCUUCCUUGAACCUUCAUCUACAAGAACGAAGAAUAGAUUUAACUUUUUUAGUCGGUACAGAUACUUUAGUAAGAUUCUUCGAUCCUAGAUUUUAUCCCGAGAACAAGAUGGAGGAGAAGAUAAAAGAGUUCUUUUCUCCUUAUCCAGAAGGAAGUGGAGCCUAUCUGGUCUCAGCUAGAAGAGGCGCGGACGAUACGGAUAGAGCGUUGGAAGACGAAAUACUAAAUAGAGAUAAAGUGAGACAGUGGGUAAGUCAAGGAAAAGUGAGAUUAUUGGGGACAGGUCAUGAAGGCCGGGAAGAAAUUAGUAGUACGAAAGUCAGACAAGCGAUCGUUACUCGUCAUUGGGAACAAGUGGAACGGAUGACAGGGAAAGAUAUAGCUAAAUAUAUAAGAGAAAAGGGAUUAUAUUCGUCUUGA